AUGCCUCCAAAGCGAGCUAGAGAGCAGUUCACUAUCCCGCCUGAGAUCCUUGCGAAACGGACGAAACGGCAUCUGGACGAACUCGAGAAAUCCAACUACACUGAGCCUACAUUGCUUGUACCCACUGUCGAAGAUGAAGAAGAAGCCGGGUAUUCCAAGGGCCGAGGGCGCCAAACGAUAUCCGACAAGCGCAAGUUGAAUAUCCCUGGAACGUCGCCAGCAGCAACUGGCAAAAAGUCCACGAUGGCUGUCCGCACUGCCGUUCUGUACCGGAAGAAUUUCGCGACGUUGUUGGAAGAAUCGGUCCGUUGGUCACCAAACUUCACAAAGAUAUUUACUGAGGGCCGUCACAAAGCAGAACAUCUCGUCAAUGCCAUCAACCAGCGUCAAUUACCUCAAUGCGUGUGCACCAAGUCCAUCGUAUCCUCCUCGUCUUCUGUGUUCGGUGUGCGGGUACUGGGGAGCAUACCGUUGUCGUCGAUGUUCGAUGCCGUACUGCGACCGGAAUUGUGA